AUGAGUUUCACGGUUCCGGUUUAUGUCGACGAUGAGCCCGAAGUUCGGUCGAACACAUGGGAUCUGAUCGAGAGUACUCGAACGUUCCAAAGGUCGGCGACGAGAAGGACAGUCUCGUAUGCAAGCGAGCAUUCGAAUGGCCAUUUGAGUACGGUUGCUCAAUUUCGAGAACUCCCUGAAAGACAAAUCACACCGACUCGCGUCGCAUCGAGAUAUCAAUUCCAGUACGUGACACGCCGCUUGAGCAGUGGAGCUCGACGAACAACCGUCGAACUCGCGCACACCGAACGACCGCUUUUUGAUGAGAAUCCGAAGAGCGAGCACGAGCACGAGCAGCAAAAGGUUGAGCUCAUUUCGUUGUUCGAUUUGUUCUAUAAAUGCGUGUGUGUAUAG